AACUCUCAAACCCUUUGCCAUAAAACCUGCUUCACUCCCUCAUUUUGAACUUCGCCACUUUCUCUCUCAUUCUUUCUCUCUCAUCCCUUCACUCAAAAACGUACUUUGAACCUUCCCCAAGUAUCACUGAUAUCAUUUUCUGGAGGAAUUUCAUCUGGGAUUACAAUCAUAAAGAAGAUGCCUACACCAUCAAGAGAUAGAUUAUCUAGACCCGUGGAUAUUUCUACCCUUUACCGGGGAGCCGCCCGUAGAGUUGAUCUUAUUGUUGAUCAACCCGGGCUUACUUGGACUGGGUUAUCUGGAAGCGGGCCUCGCAAUGUCUCCAGUGGUGGCAGUGCAUCAAGUCGAAGAGCAGCUCUCGGGAGAGGCAGGCUUUCACAGCGCCCACUUUUUACUGGACAAGAAAACAGGACUUCUAGGAUGACUGCACGGCGAAAUAGUGGUGGCCGGGGCAGGGGAAGUAGGUUGCCUUCUUGGUAUCCAAGAACCCCUUUAAGGGAUAUCACUGUUAUUGUGAGGGCAAUAGAGAGGAGGAGAGCUGCGCUGAAUCAAACCACAGAAGCUCCUCAAGAAGAGACCAAUGAACAGACAGUGGCAGCAUCAACUGCUGAGCUUGAGCAAGAAAUUGGUUCCCAAACUCCCCUCCCUACCAUUUCUGUUAAACCUCAACCUUCACCUGCCACCAAAGUAUGGAUGAUCACACCCAGGAACAUUGACAAUAAUGAGAUGAGUUCUGAUUUCUUGACACCACAGAAAAGGCUUCUAAAUUCGAUUGAAAAGGUGAGGGAAGUUUGGCUUGAGGAUCGAAAGAAGCUAGAGAAGACUCCUGCUGCCAAGAGAGCAGAAAGAGAAAAGAAGGUGCGUACAUUGAUGUCAAUGAGAUGAUUUUUGGAGUGAGCAUGCACAGAUGAGAUGGGAUGGGGAUUUCGUGCAUUUCGAGAUCAGAGUGAAGGGCACGAGUUGAAAGGAGGAGAAUGGCCACAGGCGAUCAUCUUCUGAUGAUCCCAUAUCCUAUUAUUACUACUACUACUACUACUAUUAGUAUCAGUUAGCUAUGCUUGUAGCUAAUCUUUCACAGCAACUAGUUUAGCUAUGCUUGUAGCUAUGUUUCACAGCAUCUAGUUUCUGAAGUUUAGCUAUGCUUGUAGCUAAUCUUAGGCGGCAUCUAGUUUAGCUAUUGAUACUGACAAUUAUGUGUUCUUCACUUCUAGUGAAGUUCACAACAAACUAUUACUUUACUGCUAGGUAAAUACUGGUAUUAGCUGUUAGCCUCUGCUGACAUCGUAGGAUAAGAUGUGCGGCAAGUUUUGGAUUUUUGGCGGCCUAGUGGUAGCAAGCACAGCAGCAAUGCUUGUUGCUGUAGGAAUAGAAGGAACUGAAGCACUCCAUGUAAAUGAGAGGUCGAAUUAGUUUUUGUUUCAUCAGAUAACAUUGUAAAGGUUGAUUCUUGGUAUCAAUGAAGAAAAUAAUUCAUGUA